GAAAAUAUAGAAUAGAGAAGAAAGUACAGUUCAGUUGCAUUCACUUCUAAGUCCGUUAUAAUUGCAUUCCAUCUUAAGGUAUAUUUUUAUUCAAGGUAUGCACUUAUAGUAAUGUUGCACCGGCUUCCAUUAGUAGGAAUUGUUCUUGUUUAUUGACACAUUCAAUAUGGCGGCGCCGUUGACGUUCAUUCCUUGCCAAACAUGGGGUCUAUUUAUUCGCGUCCACGAAGCUAGCGCCAAGGUUGCGGAGGAAGGCGGAGGCUUCUCCGUAUUGCAAAAUGUUGAGCCGACUGACUCCAAGGUUGUCUCGGCAGUUGCUCCCCUGACGCCCUCUACACAGCGCGCGCGCACGCACGCACGCACGCGUCGAGCCAAGCCGCUGCGGCUUCUCGCUCGUGCUACCACUGACGUCGCAUGGCCGCUGGAGCGUGCUGCAAGUGCCCCAUCUCGCUGGCCGUGUUCAAGCGCUCUCUGUCGGUGGCGCCACGGGGCCCGACGCCCGCCUGUCCCCGCUUGCUGCUGUCGGGCCGAAGGCUGGGCGAGCGGGGCCUGCGGGGAGCCGCGCGCUCGUCCAGCGUUCCGAGAGCGACGGGCUUCGGUCGUCACGCGGCCUUGUGUUGUCUGUCGUGCCAGGAGUCCAUGAGCCAGAGCCUGAGGACGUGUUACGUGUACCUGAACCAAACCAGCAGGAGCUUUGCGGCUGUCAUUCAGGCCCUGGACGGCGAGCUAAGACACGCCGUGUGCAUUUUCUACCUGGUUCUCCGGGCGUUGGACACAGUGGAGGACGACAUGAGCAUCCCCCUGGACAAAAAAGUUCCCAUGCUGAACGAUUUCCACACCUACCUGUACCAGGACGCCUGGAGCUUCAGCGAGAGCCAGGAGAAAGACCGGCAAGUUCUGGAGGACUUCCCCACGAUAUCUUUGGAAUUCCGAAACCUGGCUGAAGAAUAUCGGGUGGUCAUCUCGGACAUCUGCCGCCGGAUGGGAGUCGGAAUGGCGGAAUUCCUGGAGAAGAAAGUCGGAUCCAUGAAGGAGUGGGACAAGUAUUGCCACUUUGUGGCAGGGCUGGUGGGCAUAGGCCUGUCUCGCCUCUUCUCGGCGUCCCAGCUGGAGGAGCCGGAGGUGGGCUGGGACACGGACUUGGCCAACUCCAUGGGCCUGUUCCUCCAGAAGACCAACAUCAUCCGAGACUAUCUGGAGGACACCAAGGAGGGACGUGCCUUCUGGCCACAAGAGGCAUGGAGCCAGUUUGCGGGCCGUCUGGAGGACCUGGCGCAGCCCGAGAAGCUGGAGUCGGCUCUGUCCUGUCUCAACCUGCUGGUCACGGACGCGCUGCGUCACGUGCCGGACGUCAUCGCCUACCUGGCCCGCCUGCGCAACCAGAGCGUCUUCAACUUUUGCGCCAUCCCUCAGGUGAUGGCGAUAGCUACCCUAUCAUCGUGCUACAACAACCCGCUGGUGUUCCAGGGGGUGGUGAAGAUCCGAAAGGGGCAGGCCGUCACACUCAUGAUGGAGGCCACCAACAUGCGAGCCGUGCAGAACAUCAUCAGCCAGUACAGCCAGGAGAUUCUGCACAAGGUCUCGCUGGAGGACCCGUCGCGGGACGAGACGCUGCGCAUCUUGGCGCUCAUAAGGGAGAAAUCGCAGUCGUCAGACCUGCCCGUCAGGAGCCAGCACCUGUCGCCCGUGUACCUGUCGGCCGCCAUGCUGCUAGCGGCCGUGAGCUGGCAGUACCUGAGCGCCACGGCGGCGCGGGCCCAAGGUGCCGGCGACAUGCAGGGACAGUAGCGGACUCGGGAAUGCCAGCCCCUUCGCUGCCCUCGGAAGGUCCACUUCUCCACUGAAUAGACAGACAACAUUUGAGAGGUUCUUGAGACAUUCGGGGGUGAUCAGUUUUACCAAAGGACAGAAUUUGGGUGGACAUGUCUAUCCUAAAAGGACACAAUGAAAAGUCUCCUGGACUCAUGCCUGCAAUUGAACGGGAAGUUGGCAGUUUUGGAAAAAGUCCAACAUUCAUGAUAAAAAUGUCUCAGAUGCCCCGACUGCCCAAACGUCGUCUUUUUGUUGAAUUUUUGUUGCUUUUAUUUUGCUCAAAUUAUGUACAUCUAUGACCGAUAGGCUAAAUAUAGACACAGAUAUGUUGUCUAUUUCAAACCCUUCGAGAAAUGUUUCUCAUUCUGGGGUGUUUAUUUUUUUAAAACUUAAAAGAGAAUGAUAUCUAGUUCUGUGUGAGUGUAUGUGUCGUGUACAUGAUGGAGUUGUGAGGCUGUUAGUAAAGUGUCCUUAAGUGAGCUUUGGCCAGCACAAAGACACCGAAGGUCUAGCUCUCCAAAACAUUGCUACUCAAUGAGAUCCUUGUUACAUUUGCUACUUUGUACAGAUCCGAGAAAAUAAAGCAAAAGAACAAAUUUGAAAAAAAAGAAGUAUAUAUUCAUAUCUUCAAUAUAAUGUCGUCCGUGAUCUGUAAAAUAUAGUAUGUAUACUAUAUAAAGAAACACAAUU